GGAGAAUCCAAUGCAUUGCGAUGAAGCGGACUUGCAUUUUCACCGAAACUGAGGGUCUUUUGUCUUUUCAUCGGCCUUGAAACCCACUGGAUAUGUUACCGGUAAAUUAGGAGGCUUUCAUACGAGUCCUCAGCCUACCCUAUCCAUCAUGCAGUGCGCCUCUUCACGCCGCUUCUCGGGGCAGUUCCUGCGGCGCUGCUUCUCAUCCUCCGCACGACGUCUGGAAAUACGGGACGUUAGUGCUUUAUCACAACGCCUGAUUCCGAAAUAUCGAGAAAACCGAGGCGAGCUUCUGACUCUACAAUGGCCGGCACCGCCGCGAAACGUGCUUCUGGUGCGGAAAGACUGUGCUCCAGCAGUAACAGAUUCACUGAUUGAAUUUGCCAAUCAUAUCACAUCAUCAUACCCCUCCAUCGCCGUUAUCCUCGAAUCCAAAACAGCCGCCGAAGUCCACGAGUCACUUUCCUACCCAGUCUAUACAGCAUGUUUGGAAGACGCGCCAAAUGCUUUCCACGAUAAGGUUGAUUUGACAGUCACACUGGGUGGAGAUGGCACAAUCUUGCAUGCGUCAUCUUUGUUCGCUACAUGCCCAAAUGUCCCUCCUGUUCUGUCAUUCAGCAUGGGGACCCUUGGCUUUCUAAGCGAAUGGAAGUUCUCCGAGUUCAAGCGAGCCUUUCGAGAGGUGUACAUGUCUGGCGCCGGCGCUGGGGAUCGUGCGCCUGUUCUUGAGACUCAGCCAUCAUCAGAAGCAGCAGCUGGGUCGGAGACUCAAGAGCCAUCUUUGGGCCCGACAGGAUGGUCAUCCGUGCGAGGGCAGUCUAUGGGCGCGACACGUGGGGCACCUAUACUCAUGCGCAAUCGUCUGAAAGUCGGACUCUUCACGGCAGACGGUAAAGAGACGACUCCGGUCCGGGGCAAGACCGAUCAUGGCCAAGGAGUCUACGUGAUGAACGAGCUUCUCAUUCACCGCGGCAAAGAGCCUCAUCUCGCAGUGGUGGAUAUCUUCGUGGGCGGGCGGUUCUUGACGGAAGCCGUGGUUGAUGGAAUCAUAAUUUCAACGCCGACAGGCAGUACGGCUUACAGCCUAAGCAGCGGCGGGAGUAUCGUGCAUCCCCUGGUCCCCGCCGUCCUCUUGACUCCGAUUUGUGCGAGAAGUCUCAGCUUCCGGCCUCUCGUUCUUCCUGUCAGUACACCGAUCACAAUGCGACUUAGCGAGAAGAAUCGCGGUCGAGAACUAGAAGUCAGUCUGGACGGUGUCAACCUGGGUCAAGGCAUGGCCAUUGGCAUGGAGGCUAGAGUAUGGAAUGAGGAGAUGAGGCAUGGAGAGAAUGAAUGGCAGGGUGGUGUACCAAGUGUCAUGCGCCGGAGUAUGGGAGGUGAAGAAGCUCACGAGGGAUGGGUGGGCGGUUUGAAUGGACUGCUCAAGUUUAAUCAUCCCUUCGGUGAGUGAGUCUGUAGAUCUUGUCUGUGUAUGUUUGAGAUACCCAAUGGCGUUAUUCUUGAAUGACUUUGUUGCCUUUUCUACGAUCGAUUAGUACUAUUCCUUGACUUGACCAGCCAAGUGACCAUUGAAUCUUGAUUUCAGUCGCCUGAUA